UUGUGCGUGCCGCCCGGCGCCGGCUGUGGCGAGACUCUCGCGAUGAUUCGACGCGCGCCUCCCAUUGGCUAUUGGGUGCUCGCGGCGGAUUCGGGGAGCGCGGGCUUGGGCGCAGCCCCGUCCCUCAGGCCGGCGGCAGCCGCGGCCGCCCCGCCACCACCGCUCGCUCGCUCACCCGCCCCGGUGAGUUGGAGCUCCCGGCCCCUCCGAGGAGCUGCAAGGGAAUUCAGUAUCUGACCAUAAAAGAAAAUGUCUCCAUCUAGCAUUGUAGCAAGAGUGGAAGCCUGGCUUUCAUCCACAUGGCACGUGAAAGUUCCUUUAACAUGGCUGGAAGCAUGUAUUAAUUGGAUCCAGGAAGAAAACAGUGGUAGUAAUUUAAGUCAAGCUCAGAUUAACAAGCAGGUAUUUGAGCAAUGGCUUCUUACUGAUCUGAGAGACUUGGAAUAUCCCAUUUUGCCUAACUGCAUCUUGAAUACUCCCAAGGGAGAGUUAUCAGGCUGCUUCUCGGUACAGAUUGAUUCACUGGUGGAUGUUAGCCAGCCAGCAUAUUCUCAGUUGCAGAAGCUAAGAGGGAAAAGCACUGUAAAUGAAGAAGUGACAGCCAGUACUCAGACAUUUCAGAAGCCCUGGGAAGCAAAGCCGACUCGAAUGCUGAUGCUACAAUUAACAGAUGGCGUACAUCAAAUUCAGGGCAUGGAGUAUCAACCAGUGCCCGUUCUCUGCAGUAGUCUUCCUCCUGGAACAAAAAUCACUGUACAGGGCAAUAUUGUAUAUCGUCUCGGAGUUCUUCUGCUUAAACCAGAAAAUGUGAAACUGUUGGGCGGUGAAGUUGAUAGUCUUCUUGAGGAUUAUUGUCAGGAAAGAGUCCUUGCUAGAUUAAUUGGAGAAGCUGAAAAUCCUAAUUCUGUUGGACAAGCUGGACAUGAACAGAUUUUUUCAAGGCCUGUGGAUGAGUUAGAACAAACUCUUGGCCCUUCAGAUGAAGAGCUUUUAGCCAGCCUUGAUGAAAAUAAUGAAUUUACUUUAAACAACAGAACAUCUUUAGAAAGUGGAUACUGUAGUAGAAGCAACAAUUUUAAUACUGCCUCAGGUUCACUGAGUGCACAUAAUGGAAAUGUUUUGCCACAAAAAUCUGGGAGUCCUUUGCCUCAGUCAGAUGAACAAGUUUCACCUCCCAUGGAAUAUGCUGAUGGCUUUUUAAAUGACUUUCCUUUAGAAGAUGACUUUCUUCUGGAAGAAGAGAUGCAAAGAGAGAUGGAAGAUGUGCCACCAGUGGAGAUGAACGGAAACAUGGGUUUAAUUACUGGCAGACUUCCACAUACAUCUAGAAACUCCUGCAGUUCAUCUUUAAAUAGCACUGGUGAAGAAGACCAUGUGAAUGAAAGAGAUAAGCCCAGGGAAGCUAUCAGCAAUGAAAAGAACAUGAGAAGAACGAUAUUUGAUGAAGAUGGAAAUAACGUUAGUAACAUUUUGCCGCACAAGGGCUUACAUCAGACCUGCAGUUCAUCAGCAUUUUCUUUGGAAACUCCUCCUGAAGAGGAGCAGAAUUAUACAGACCUAGAUGAGAGCAGAUGUAAACACCAACACACUUCUGACAGCAGGGUAUUAAAUGAUGAUCCUGUAUUUUCCUUAAAAAUGGAUCCAGAAGGAGAUCAGCAAAGACAUGAUUCACAGACCUUUCCUUGCAAGGCAGUAGAGACACAUUUAGAUUUAGAUUCUCCACCUUUCACAUAUAUUUCCCUUCUCCUUGCAAAAAACCCAGAAACUGUUACAAUUCUGAAAGUUAAAUGUUUUAUUGUCACUCUCACCGGAAACCUCACAAAAAGCAAUGGGUCCUGGGGUAUAAAGGCAAAAAUUUCUGAUGGUUCUGCUUAUCUUGAAGUAGAUUUUGCUGAUGAUAUUCUAACAAGUUUCAUUGGCUUUUCAGUGCCUGAAAUUAAUAAGCUGAAAAAGGAUCCUGCUUUACGUCUAAAACUUAAGGAUGGUUUAGAGAAAUGUCAAAAACAGCUGAUAGAUCUUUGUUGUUUGAUGACCAUUGAGUUUAAUCCAUUUCAGUCUAAAGCUACUGUAUUAAUUCUCCAGGAUCCUGAUGCUAGGCAUCUAGAACAAUUGAAGAAACGUUUGAAUAAAUAAUAUGUGCAAAAUUCCAGACUAUAGAUUAGGAAAUGUUAAAGUCAGAUUUCCCUUGAAGAACUCUUGGAAGUUAAACUUCGAGUUAAGUGGUGUGUCUUUUAUCAGGAAUUAUAAUGUAAAAGUGACAAAGAGAUGACUCAUGGGAGCAAAACUGGGCAGAUUGCUUUGUGUGGUGACAGUAUUGGAAAAAGAUUUUGAAUAUUUGUGUCUUGACUUUCUCAUUCUGCAAAAUCCUGCGCAUUCUAGACUGGCAAUCUUGAGUAGCAGAAUUUGUCACUAAAUGUAUAACAAUGAACAAACCAUCUUGUUAUUUUACUUUUGCAGGCACUUACCUGAUUUUUAAAAGAAAGGUGCAGGAGACUCUCAGUUUUAAUAAAUUUAAAUCAAGUACAA